CAUUUAAUCUGAAGUUGAUCUCAUGGUGUUUCAAACAUUAGAAGUCCAAAAACAAAAACAAGGCAUAGAAACAAAGCAACAACGUUAAGAUGCAGUCAAGACUGUCGGAAGCAACAAGAAGAGCCUCUUGUGCAUUAUCUUCAACUACUCGUUUGAGUCUAAAACGUGAAUUUUGCUCCGGCACUCGAAGUCGAACUGCAGACCCUGAAAUUCAUUCAGGGGAACAAGAAGCUGGUCCCAGAGUUCACAGGGGACAACCCCAAGGUAUAAGUACAAAUGAUAAGGCUAAGAAUGAGGAGAUUGCUGAAACAGAACGCAGAGCAAGCAAAGCACACGAGAUGUUGAAGACUCCGAAAUCUCCGUGUGAACCUUCCCCGAAACUGAAGAGCGCGGGGGUGAACCAGCGAUUGGACCCAAUGAUUCAGCAAAAACGGGAGCAUACGUGGAAAGGUUUAGAAGAGGUGAGUUGUGCUGGGCUUGAUGGAAGUCCGUGGCCGGAGGAUGAAAACAAAGGGAAAGAGGACGAUAAAGAUUACUAUAAGCACCAUAAAGCAUCGCCCUUGUCGGAGAUAGAGUUCGUGGAUUCACGGAAGCCGAUAUCUCGAGCCUCUGAUAAGACCGCAGAUUCUGGAAGAGGGAUAGAUGUGAUCGGGUGGCUGCCGGAGCAGAUGGAGUCGGCGGAGGAGACACUGCUGAGGGCCGCGGAGAUGUGGCGGCAACGGGCCAUGCGUGGUGACCCUGAUGCACCUCAUUCGAGGGUUCUGAGGGCUCUUCGGGGCGAGGACUUCUGAGAAUCUUUUGCUAUGAAAGUCUUUUCAAACUGAAAAACAAUCAUACAAAUAGACCUUCGGAUCAAUAAUGGCAUGCUAAUCUCCCUGUACCUUUGAUAAAGUAUUUUAAUAUAGUUUUUAAAUGAUGAGUAAUAUGAUACAAUCAGUAUAAUCA